AAGAAAAUGGCGACCGCGCAGGACGAGCGUUUCCCCUCCUAGACUCUGCAAACGCGUAAAAUUUAGGUAGCGUCGUCACCUGCUUUCAUUUCCUCUCUAGUGCACUUUAACCUUCAGGAGAGAAUUGGAUGCUAUUGUCACCAAAGACACUGACAGAGAAGCGACACAGGGAAUCUCAAGAAGCUAAUGGGUAUUUGAUGGAAGGAGGACCCGUCUACAGCUAAACGGCGACAAGGAAGAGGAGGCUGGGGUAAAGAGCGGGGAAAGACGGGGCUGGAAGUGCUCAAAAGGAUCCGAUACAGCCGGAAGAGAAAAGACGUGGGGCAACGGACGCGCUCCAGUCCUGUCUUACUUGAAGUGCCAGAACUCGUCGAGUCCAGUUUCUGCCAGCCUCAGUCUGCCAAUCGGAACAGCAGCACAUCCAUUGUUACCUUCGCCAUCAGCAAUGCCAGGAGGGCCUGUACCAGUGGCCAGCCCCAAGCCCUGCCUUGCCGCCCGCUCCACUAACGCCCGCCACACCUCCCCCAGCUGCUGAAACUUGGCCACUGUUUCACGCUCCUCGCUGUCAUACUGGGAACUCAAGUGCAGCUUACAGCCAGCCAGCCAGGAAAACUAACAGCUGAGGGGCCUGUUCUACACUGCACCAAAGCCCACCUCUCAGGCAUGGCUCCCAUUCGGGACUCGGUCAGCCACUCCCCUAACCAAACAGGUUUGGAUCAUGCUGGUCUGGACCCUCAAUAUGAGAGUUCACCCUGGAGCUCCAACUCUCCUUGCACUGACUCAAACAGCAAUUGGGGCAAAGUCAUUGUAGACAGCUGUGAUAAGGGACCCUGGCCCUCCAUCUCUGGUAGUGACCCAGAGUUAGCCUCAGUAUGUAUGGAUGCUGACUCUGCCUCCAGCUCUGGGUCUGAGAAAAACCUCACCAUGAUGGCGUCUGGGAUCGCUAGUGGCGACAGCAGUGGCAAUAGGCAAGGCAAUGGUCAAGGUUCUCAUUUUAUGGUUGCGAAUGGCAGCAAUAAUGUGGCUAAUGGGAAUGUUAAGGGUCCUUGGGGUAUAUCCAAUGGCUCAUUGCUAAGCACAUGUCAGAGUUCCGGGGAUAACCCCAGCAACAAGCCUGCAGAAGGUAAUCAUGGAAAAAUAAAUGCAUGGGGUAACCAAGGUCCCUCAAUCAAUGGAGGAAUAAAUUCAAGCACUUUGAACCCAAAAGCCAACCAUGGUGCCUGGCCCGUUCUGCAGAACAGUGGGUCCAAUUCCCAUGGGUCUGUGGGCAGUGGGAAUGGGGCCACCAACACUCAAAGAAGCACCAUAGGUCAAACUCCCAGCAUGCAGAGUGUUAACUCUAAGAUGUUGUGGGGAAGCCAGCAGGAAAAUGUUGCAGAGUCUGAAGCGAAUGGUACAAACAAGGUUCUAAGUGGGCAGCCUCAAAACCUUAACACUGAAUUUAAUGGACCAAAUAACACUACUAACACGAUGACCUCUAGUUUACCAAACUCUACAGGUUCAGUGCAGAUGAAUGAACCGCCCCCAGGGCACCGAGCCUGGUCUACGGGCACAGGAAACUCCCCUCAGCUCCUGACUUCUCCAGUCUCUAAUGGCACUUCCAUUUCUCAGCAUGGCAACAGCGAGGGAAUGAACGGUGGCGGGUCUUAUGGUACUGUGUGGGGUACGGUGCCCAGCGCAAAUUACUCUGGAGACAAAUGUCCCGUCCCGAAAGGCCAAGCUGUGGCCGACACUGUGAAUGCAACUCUAAUGCAGUCUGGAGCUGUUGGCUCUUCUGUCAGUGCUGCUUCUUUCAAGAAUAAUAAUAAUAAUAAUGGGAUGGGCAAUCGUGGAGGAGGCUGGGACUCGGGGCCUGCUCCCCCUCAGAGUAUGACAUGGGGGGCAGGGAACAGUGUGGGCCCUCCCGGGGCCCCUCGCCCCUGGGGUAGCGCUUCCUCUUCAUCCUCAUCCUCCUCAUCGUCUUCAAACACUGGCACUAAGGUCUCAAAUGGGGAGUGGAAUGUGCUGCCCAGUAACAGUCAGCAUUCCAAUGACACAACGAAUGGGAGCAGGAAAGGAACAAAUGGCUGGAAGUCUUUGGAGGACGAUGCACUCGGGAUCGGGAGCACCGGCCAGUCAUCCCAGGGCAGCACGUGGAACAAAUCGACAGGCAGUGAAGGAAGUGGGGACAGUUCAGCCGGUCGUAGUGAGAAAGAUGGGCAGCGCAGUAGCAACCGCAAGAGGGUCAACCAGCAGAGUCUGAUACAAGCAACUCUCUCCAGAACAGAUAUGGAUCCACGGGUGCUGUCCAACACAGGAUGGGGUCAGAUCCCUGUCCGCCAGAACACUGCUUGGGACGUGUCAGGCUCCGAGAAGAAAGCAGGAAAUGGGUCACAGAGUUGGGGAAAUCCUGCUCCCCAGAAGUCCAACUCGGGUGGCUGGGGGGAUGGAUCCAGCACCAACAGUAGUGACUCUGCUGUGACUGGGUGGAGUGACCAGAGAGCUUCCUCCGGGUGGGGGGAUGGCAAGCCCUCACAAGGGCAGAAUGGGUGGGAGGAAAAUUCUAUUGGAAUGAACAAGGGCAAUCCUUCAUGGGGCAAUGGCAAAGAUGACAAGUCCUCUACAUGGAAUAAUGCACAGAAGAUCAAGCAGGGAUGGGGCAGCUCUUCUACUACAGAGGGGUGGGGUGGGGAAGGUCCAAGGGGAAACCACUGGGUUGAGCCCCAGAAGACCGGCUCGGCAGGGUGGGACAGUGACAGUGACCGCUCGGGCUGGAGUGAGCCAUCCCAUGGGAACACGGGCAACACGGGAAGUACCUGGGGAGGCAGGGGAGGAGCAAACACACCUGACCCAGGAGGCCCGGCCUCAGGGUGGGGAGAGAGUGCGAAGGCCAACAAUCAGAAUCAAGGCUGGGGUGAGACCGUUAAACUGAGCCACUCCAACCAAGCCUGGGGAGACAACGUGAAACCCAGCAACCCUUCAGAAUGGGGCAAGUCCCAGGACAGCAACGUGGGUACCUUCAGGGCAGGAAAUGGCUCAGGGAGCACAAACAAACCCUCGGGGUGGCUGGGAGGUCCGAUGCCUGCCACUCUGAAAGAGGAGGAACCUACCGGCUGGGAAGAGCCCUCCCCAGAGUCCAUCAGGCGCAGGAUGGAGAUCGAUGACGGAACGUCGGCGUGGGGAGACCCCAGCAAAUACAACUACAGUAAUGUAAACAUGUGGAACAAGAACAGCUCAUCAGAACAGGAUGGGGCGUCUGGCUCUCAGCAACUGCCUCCCCCACCAGCCCCGAGCUCCAUGGGGCAGAAGGAGAAAAGCUGCAGCUCAGGGUGGAGAGAGUCAUAUGGUGGGCAGCAGAAAAUGGAGACCUCCACAUGGGUUGAGCCUGCAGCUCCACCUGUCACGGUGGAUAACGGCACCUCGGCCUGGGGGAAGCCCGUGAACACGGGCCCCAGCUGGGAGGAGGCACGCGCAGAGAACAGUGCAGGCAGUGGAUGGGUGGCUGCAGCCAUGGGCCCACAGUCCCAACACAAGCCUGGACCCAAACCUAUGCAGGACAGCUGGGGUGGAGAAGACAUGUCCGCUCCUCGGGCCUCUAACUGGGAGAAUGAGGAAGAGGUGGAGAUUGGCAUGUGGAACAACAACACGUCGCAGGAACUGAACCAGUCCAGCAACUGGUCCUACAUGAAGAAGAUCCCUCCUAAGCUUAAUAAAGGCUCCAGCAAGCCAGAUGACCUCUGGAUGAACCAGUUUGUGAAGCAGUUCAACAGUAUGAACUUCCCUAGGGACUCUUCCGAAGAUUCCCUGAAGAGCAAUAAGAUGGACAUGUCUGGAGGAAUGCAGGCUGACAAGCGCAUGGAUGUUGACAAACACGUCCUGAACAUGGGAGAGUAUGGAAAGGCCACUGCUUCACGCCACCAGAUUCACAAGGACCCGCCAAUGGACCGCACGCCCUACAUGGACAAGAAUGUUGGCAUGUAUGGUAGCGGUAAUGCAGCACAAGGCCGGAGCUCCCAGCAGCCUCCAGCACAAUCUCUGAAUCCGGCCCUGCCCAGCCUCCGCAACCAAGUGCCUCCUCCACUGCUCCCCUCUCAGGUUCCUUCGUCGCUGUUGAAGUAUCCUCCCAGUAGUGGUGGUCUGAACCCCCUGCUGGGCCCUCAGCAGGUGGCCAUGCUGAACCAGCUGUCUCAACUCAACCAACUCAACCAGCUCAAUCAGCUCAAUCAGCUCAGUCAGCUGCAGCGCCUCCUACUGCAGCAGAAAGCCCAGAGUCAAAGAGCCAUGCCCGGUACCGGCCGCCAGAGCCAGGAGCAGCAGACUCGAGGCCUGGGCCCGUCUCCGAUGAUCCAGCCUCCUCGGCAUCUAGACCCCUCCGUCCUGAAGCAGCAGACAUCACCCCAGCCACCGUCACUGCACCAGCCCACCCUCAAAUCCUACAUGGACACCUUCAUGACCACCAGUUCCUCUGACCUGCAGAAAGAACAAAACACCCUCAGCUCCUUCACUAAUUUCCCUUUAGGCUUGAACCCAAACUUGAAUGUGAACAACCUUGAUAUUGGUAAUGUCGGAUUUAAGGAGCCACAGUCCCGUCUGAAGAAGUGGACUGCUAUGGACAUUUCCGUUAACUCGCCACUCGAUCAAAACCCCAGCAAACCUGGUGCUAUAUCCUCUGCCCUGAGGCUUGAAGAUCCCCCCUUUGGACCAUUCGACUUCCUAAGCUCCAGCAGUAGCCCUCUCAGCCCCCCGGGCUCAGUGGGUGACAGCUGGCCCACUCGUGCCAAAUCACCUCAUGGAUCCACCAAUGUCAACUGGCCACCAGAGUUCCGUCCUGGUGAACCCUGGAAAGGCUAUCCAAACAUCGACCCUGAAACUGACCCAUUCGUCACUCCUGGCAGUGUGAUUAAUAAUCUCUCCAUCAAUACAGUCCGGGAUGUUGAUCACCUCAGGGAAAGGAGCAAUGGGCCAUCCUCAUCACUAAACACCACGCUGCCUUCUAAUAGUGCCUGGACAUCCAUUCGUGCCUCCAACCACAGUAGUUCCCUCAGUACAGCACAAAGCACUUCAGCCAGAAACAGUGACUCUAAAUGGACCCCUGGUGUGGUCACCAACACGUCUUUGGCUCACGAACUCUGGAAGGUCCCGCUGCCUUCAAAAGGCGUGUCUGUUCCGUCCCGGCCCCCUCCGGGCCUCACGGGUCAGAAGCAGGUGUCAUCGUGGGACAGCGGUUCCGCGAGGCUGCCAGCCUGGGCCAGCUCAGAAUCCAGACUCACACCCGGCUCCAGCUGGGGUGAGAGCAGCUCAGGGAGAACCAACUGGCUUGUUCUGAAAAAUCUCACUCCUCAGAUCGAUGGCUCCACCCUGAGAACCCUGUGCAUGCAGCAUGGUCCACUGAUCACAUUCCACCUGAACUUACCCCACGGGAACGCUGUCGUCUGCUACAGCUCCAGAGAGGAGGCGGCAAAGGCCCAGAAGUCACUGCACAUGUGUGUUUUAGGGAACACUACUAUUCUUGCUGAUUUUGCUAGUGAAGAGGAAAUUAACCGUUUCUUUGCACAAGGCCAGUCCAUGACUGUCUCUCCUAGCUGGCAGUCUCUGGCCUCUUCUCAGAACAGAAUCAGCUCCAUCGACGCUCCCCACGCCUUCCCCAGCCGCUCCGAUCCGAGCCACUGGACCGGCGGCGGCCUGAGCGGAGUGGCAGGUGGAGACCUGCAUGGCUCCUCUCUCUGGGGGGCACCAAACUACUCCAGCAGCCUGUGGGGCAACCCCAGCAGUACAGAGGGUGGGAGGAUCAGCAGCCCCUCCUCCAUCAGCUCCUUCCUCCCCGAUCACCUGACAGGAAGUGGAGACUCCAUGUAGUACAUCUAUCACCUUCAGACUUAAAAAUUGGAAAAGGGGUGGGGUGGGGGGGCAUAGAAAAACUCGUGACCUCAGCGUGGAAUUGUUAAUCAUAAUCAUAUGACUAUAUAUAUAUAUAUUAUAUAUGGAAAAAAAAUCUAAUGGCACUAGUUGGACUUUCUUCACAUACAAAAAAAAAAAAUAAGGUGGGGUCACCCUGUGGAAAUAAGUUACAUAUUUUUUUUCCUGCACAUAUGUCCACUUUGUUUUGCCCAAAACAUAUCAGUUUGAAUACUUGAAUCAUGCAGGCCAAUACUAUAAUGUGAAAAGGAUGUAUUUAAAUUUCCAGGUAGUGCUCUUCAAACCGAAAAAAAAAAACAAAAAAAAAAAACACCUCAGUCGAGCUCA